AUGUCUAAAACUUUUUCACGUUGUGCACAUUGUAGUAAAAAAUUCAAAAAAGAAACAAAUCUUAUUUUUCAUCAACAGUUAUGUAAAAGUACUCAAGUUUCUGUUUCACGAAACCUAAAAUUGAAUUUACCUGGUGAUUUUACUUUGCAAAAACAAGCCUUUUACAAAUCUUUGAAUGUAUAUUAUAAAAGUUUUACUGAAAAUUUCUUUGACAUCGAAAAUGCUCUUAAAUCUGAAAGUGGUAAUCUAAAACAAUUGCUAUCAACUUUUCUUGAAGUCUUAGGAUUGUUAAAAGUGCAAAUUGGAAUCUGUUGUGAAUUCUAUAGAUAUGAUGGCUUUGAAAUUGUAUGGAUAGAUCCAAUGUUCAAUUCAAGUUUGAAGCCACUUACCUCUAUUGAUCUUUAUAAUCAAUUUCUCGAUGAUUGCUAUUUUGAAAUAUCAGUAGACUUUGAUUCAUUCAAUCAAAAAGGUAGUGGAUGGAUUCUGAAUAAGGUAAAACUCAUCGAAAUUCGUAUUGGCAAGUAUAUUCCAUUACGUGGAGGGUGUAAAAAGAAAUCAUUACCUGGAUUUAUUUCAUCGAAAGGAGCAAUAAUUCAACUUGAAGCCACAACUGACUGUUUCAUGUGGAGUGUACUCGCUGCUAUUUAUCCAGUUCAAAAAACGCUUCUCGAUUAUCUAAAUACAUCGCACUAUCACAAAAUCAUAACUUCAAUGAGAAAUUCUAUUUCAGUUAAUGUUUAUACUUUCUAUUUUACUGGAAAAAUGGAAGCUCCGAUGCCACUCUACGUUUCUAAGAAACGUUUUGAAAAACAUGCUAAUUUAUUAUUAUAUGAAGACCAUUAUUGGCCAAUUAAAAAUUUCAACCGUUUAAUUGGAAGUAAACAAUCUCGUUAUCACCAUUUUUGUGAAAAUUGUUUAACUGGAUUUUUAACAUCUGAAAAGUGCUUUGAACAUACUAAAGACUGUUACAAAUUCAAGCCAUCUAAAAUUAUAACACCUGAUCUUGGAACAAGAAUGUUUUUCAAACAAUAUGGAAAAAUGGUAAAAUAUCCGUUUAUAAUAUAUGCUGAUUUUGAAACGCUAUGCAAACCUGUUGAAAGCUGCGUAAAUCGAAAUACGUUUGAAUAUCAAGAGCAUGUUCCUUCAAGUUUUGGCUAUGUGAUUGUAAAUAAUCAUGGUAAAAUUGUUAAAUAUGUUUCUCAUCGUGGUCCCGAUAGUGCUGUUGUUUUUUUGAGAUCAAUCAAUGAAUCAUGUGAAAAAAUCAUAAAUGCAAUCAAUCGGAGAUUUUCACAGCUCAGGAUGACGUUAAAAGAUCAACAAGCUUUUGAAUACGCAACGAAAUGUCAUAUAUGUGAAACAGACUUUAUUUCCGGUGAUACAAAAGUGAGAGAUCAUGACCAUUUCACGGGUUUAUUCAGGGGUGCUGCUCAUGGUCGUUGUAAUUUACAAUUACAAAUACCUGAAGACAUCCCAAUCGUUUUUCAUAAUUUAAAAAAUUUUGAUGCUCAUAUAUUGAUAAAAGCUAUACAAACUAAGAUGUAUAAACAAAUCAAUAUCAUACCUCAAAAUACUGAAAAAUACAUUUCAUUUUCAUUUGAUAAUAUAAAGUUUAUAGAUAGUUAUGCUUUUUUGAGCAGCUCAUUAGAUAUUCUGUCUCAAGAUUUAGAUGAAGCAUUCAAAAAUUCAUUUUUAUUACAGCAAUUCAGACCAGAAGAUCUCAAUUUUGUAUCCGCUAAAGCAUCUCUCCCAUAUGACUAUCUAAAUCAUUUUGAUCGAUUUGAAGAGACUAGUUUACCUUGUUACGAAUUCUUCUAUAAUAAAAUGAAAAGAGAAAAUAUCGAUAGAAAUGUAUAUGAUAACAUGAUAGCUCUUUGGAAUCAUUUCAAGAUACAGAAUAUUGGUGAGUUUCAAGACAUUUAUCAAAAAAUUGACGUUGUUUUGUUAGCAGCUGUUUUCGAAAAUUUUAGAAAUAUCAGUUAUGAACAAUUCAAGCUUGAUCCACCUCACUUUUAUUCAGCACCAGGAUUAACUUGGGCUGCAGCAUUAAAGUCAACAAAAGUGAAAAUUGAUUUAUUGAGUGAUAUUGACAUGAUAAUGCUUUUUGAAAAAGGAAUAAGAGGUGGUAUUUCAUCAGCAUCGAAAAGAUAUGAGAAAGCUAAUAUUCCUGGAACUGAAGAUUUUCAACCCGACGAAGAAGCUAAGUUCAUAACAUAUCUUGACGUAAAUAACCUAUUUAUUGAAAAUACUGAAUUUGAUCAUAUAUAUAAUCAAUGUAUCAAUUCAAAUACCGAUGAAGAUGAAACUGGUUAUGUAUUCGAAGUUGAUAUAGACUAUCCUCUUCAUCUACAUGAUCUUCAUAAAGAUUAUCCUCUAGCCCCUGAACGCAUCUCAAUAGACAAUGAACAACUGAGUCAAUUACAGCUGGAUAUACUGGAUAAAACACAAAGACCACGAACAAAAUGUGAAAAACUGAUUGCAACAUUUCUCAAAAGGGAAAAAUAUGUUGUUCAUCAAAGAAAUCUAAAGUUUUACGUUAAAAAUGGAAUGAUCGUAACAAAAAUCCAUCGUAUUGUUUCUUUCAAACAAUCUUGCUGGCUGAAAGACUAUAUUUUACUCUGUACAUAUAAGAGAAUGGCCAGUAAAUCUAAUUUCGAAAAAAACUUUUGGAAAUUAUUAGUUAACGCAAUCUAUGGGAAAUCAAUCGAAGAUGUUCGUAAACAUACUGAGAUUAGAUUAGAAACAUCCCUUGAUGGAACAAUCAAACAAAUGCAAAAGCCACUCGUUGAACGUUUUUUUAUUCUAGAUGAACAAAAAGCACUCUUCAAGAUGCGAAGGAAAAGAGUGUAUCUUAAUAAACCAAUAUUUGUGGGUUUUACUGUUCUAGAAAUAUCGAAAUUACACAUGUACCAGCUGCAUUACUGA